AUGUCAUCCCAGAAGCCCCUUUGGUAUAGGUGGGCACGUGUUUAUUUUGCUGGUGGCUGUAUCGUAGGAGUCGGUGUAUUGCUAUACAAAACAAUAAUACCCACAGAUGAACAACUAAUAUCACAAUUUUCCCCUGAAAUAAGAGCACAUUAUGAACAAAACAAGGAAUUGAGAGAAUUAGAGCAAGAGAAACUAAUAGAAAUCGUCAAGAAAACUUCAGCGUCAAAUGACCCAAUUUGGAAAACGGGUCCAAUUGGCUCGCCUUUGGAAAAAGAUCAAAGAAAUCUAAGCUUACAAUUGGUCGAUAAAGAGUUAUUUCAUCAAACAAAAGCAAAAGAAGCUCAGCAAAGAGAAAUCAGUCAGAGUCUUGAGGAUAUUAAAGAAGUCGAAAAGUUGCUAAAUGAAAAGAAAAGAUUGAAUGGAAAACACUGGUGGAAAUGGUGGUAA